AUUCGUUAAAUUCAAGUAACUUUUCUAAUUCAAUACAAUCUUGUUCGCAGAGGAUGGAGGAGCUGGUAAGAAAACAAUUGGUCUAAACGAUUUCCACUUUAUGAAAGUGCUUGGGAAAGGAAGUUUUGGCAAAGUUAUGUUGGCAGAGAAGAAGAACACGGAAGAAGUGUAUGCCGUAAAAGUAUUGAAGAAAGACGUCAUCAUUCAAGACGACGAUGUCGAUUGUACCAUGACGGAAAAACGAAUAUUAGCUCUGGCCGCCAAUCAUCCAUUCCUGACUGCUCUACAUUCGUGUUUCCAGACCAAGGACAGAUUAUUCUUCGUCAUGGAAUACGUCAACGGAGGAGAUUUGAUGUUUCAGAUACAACGUGCCAAAAAAUUCGAUGAACCACGUGCGAGAUUUUACGCUGCCGAAGUGACGUUGGCGUUGCAAUUUCUACACAAACAUGGCGUCAUAUAUAGGGAUCUCAAACUGGAUAACAUAUUACUAGACGCCGAAGGACAUUGUAAGUUGGCAGACUUCGGUAUGUGUAAAGAAGGAAUUCAAGAAGGAAAAACCACGUCCACUUUUUGUGGUACUCCUGAUUAUAUUGCUCCAGAAAUUUUACAGGAAUUGGAAUAUGCCGCAAGUGUAGACUGGUGGGCUUUAGGAGUCCUCAUGUAUGAAAUGAUGGCGGGUCAACCACCAUUUGAAGCCGAUAACGAAGAUGAUCUCUUUGAAUCCAUAUUACACGAUGAUGUCCUAUAUCCUGUAUGGUUAAGUAAAGAUGCGGUCAGUAUAUUAAAAGGUAUGUGUAAAAAUACGUUUUUGGGAUUGCUUCAUUACACAAUAGUUUAA